GUGCUCCUGGACGUGGAAAAACUGCAUUGAUGCAGCGUGGCAUCAUAAAGGUGAUGAUGUGUGAGUCUUUUAAGGAAUUGUGGACAGGCCGCACAUUUGCAUGGGACCUUGAGCAGAAUUCAAUAACAGAGGCAGAGCAGAAGCAAUUCAUUGGCCCAAUUGGCCAUUUAGACAAUGUUGCUGGUGCCCAGCAUGUCUUGGCAUUGCGAUGCCUUCAUCAGUCAAUCGAUGGGAAUAGACCAUAUAUCAAUUUUCUAAUUGAAUUUGAGUGCCACCUUCAGAAGAAUGGUCUUGACUUCUCUAACAUCACCCUUGAAGCCAUAUUUGAUCAUGUGCUCCAGGGAGCAGCAUUACCAACUUCAACUACAGCAUCAGCAACUUCUCCAAACAUAGUACUCUUCCAUAUCAGCAAGACAAAUCAGCUUCUGAAGGAUGAACCAUACAGUGAACUGCAAUUGCUAAUGAAAGCUGCAUAUGGGUUUAACAAAGAUAUGGCACAAGGUUGCAAUAACAACUAUAUGCUUUUGAUGACAUUUGAUGGCACUCAUCGAGUGGAGCUGCUGCAAGCAUUCAGAGAGAGCAAUAUGCAGUGUUGCCGGAUUGAUCUGCACCCAGCAACAGUUGAAAUGUACACAGAAGUGCUGCAAAGGACAGCCAGGAAGGCAAGCAAAUCAGGUAUCCAGUGUGACACUGAACUACAGAACUUUGUGCCUCCAGAGCCAUUUAAAGCAGCACUUGCUGACUGUGGUGAUAAUAUGCAUCUGUUUACAUUAUUGGUAUAUCAUAUUGGGUGUCACAACAGCAAUAAAUGUCAGUUUAGUUGGUCUCUAUUCUUUGAGAAUUUGAAACUUUUUACCAACAAUGUACCAACUAUUGCUUUAUGGAUGUGCCAUCUACGUGACACCAUUGUUAAAUGCUUUGGAACCUAUACAGAUGACUUGCUCAGACUAGAUUCUAAUUCACUGCUAUGUGUCCUGGUUCCUGUUGUGCUUGGCCAACAAAUCAAUGAUGUUCCUUCUAAGGUUGUGGGAGAUUCAUCUAUUACAUGGUUGGUCCUUGAGAAAAGUGGUGCUAUUAGUUUGUGUGGACAACCCAGACCUUUUGUCAAGCUGCCAUUUGUUUUUAUUCAGAUGUAUCUCCAAGAAAUCAAUGAUGGCAACCAGUCAGUUAUUGAUUUCAUUCAUCUGCUUGAUGACAUCAAUAAUGAGUCAAAUCCAUGCCAAAAUGAGAAAUGUGAUCUUGCUAUUGUCACAUUCCAGCUACUCCACUGGCAUUUUAACUAUGAGGGCCAUGAGGUGUUCAACCUCAGUGAUGUGUUCCAAGAUGUCAGAGGCACUGCAGCUAAAAUGAGUCUGAAGCUGCCAGCUGCCUUUAAAAGGAAAGACCUUCUCAAAAAUUGGAUACAAAAACUCUGUCAACACUUUGAUCCCAAUUUGCAUCUAACUGAGGGGGCCUAUAUUGGUGUGGGCAAUGAGAAGUUUGCAGACUCCUGGAUUGUGUUUGAGCGUUCCAGAAGUGAUGGUAUUGUUGUCUUGGCAAUUGAAAGCAAACAUCAUGCAAGAACUGAGCCACUCACUAAAGAAUAUUUCAACCUGCACAAGAAAAAGGUAAAUGAUAAGCUGCCACAUGGGACCCCCUUUGUAUUCAUGAUGGUGGCAGAUAUGGUUACUGACAACAUAUCAGCAGGUCAUGAUGAGAUUGUGGUUGGGAAUGAAAACAUGGAGAGUCUAUAUGGCUCAUGGCUGUUGCUGCGCCGCCAACUUGCACUGCGGCAUACAUAG